CAGCAUGGCUGAAUCCAAGGAACAGUUUUGCUGAUGGACUUCAGUGAUAUUUCUGUCCUACGGGGAUCAAUUAAGGAGUUCAACUUCCUUUAUGUUUGGAGACCCAGGUGCUGAGGUAAAAGCAAGAGUAAGAAAAGAUAUGAAAAAACUUGUAACCAAGAUUGCUUGUGUCAAAUUCUGGAUGAACAGCAAAGUCCAAUUUCCAUUGCUGUUGGGAAUCUUUUAACAGCAAGAAAAUGAAUCUGUGAAGAAGGAAACAUACAAACCUACAAGAUGGAGGAGGAGGCCAGAACGUACCGGUAGAGCUGUGGCUUCUCUUUCUCAAAGCUCUGCCAAAGGUAUGUGCUGUUACGUAACAACUGCACGUGAAGAGAAGACGGAGUGGAAGUUGCUGUCAGAAGAUCCUGUCCUUCUAAGCUGGGCCUGAAGACUUCAGCCAGCUGACUGGUACAUAAACAAAAUCCAGAAGUGAAAAAGGCAAGUCCUUCCGCCACAAUGAGUUCUGAACACAAAGAAAUUGAUGUUGAAAAAGCUGUUGUCAAUGGGCUGAGCGGCAAUGGACAAGAAAAAGCUGUUGACGUCCCUUUAUGUACACGCUCUAUUUCUGCCGUUAAAAUAAUCCCUGUGAAGAAAGUGAAAAGUUCUCCUCACCUAGUGCUGCCUAAAGAAACAGAUCCCACUAAAGUCUGCAGUGGAAAAGGAGCUGUGACCCUCCGGGCAUCUCCAGCCUAUGAAGAGAGUCAGAAGAUCACUUCACCAUGUCCUCAGGAUGUUGAGCCACCUGAAAGUCUGGAGCCAGAAACACCAGAAACAGAUGAUUGGAGGUCGUUAUCUAACACUGAUGCCAACGGGGAUGCCCAACCAUCUUCUCUGGCUGCCAAGGGUUAUAGAAGUGUGCGUCCGAACCUUUCCUCAGACAGCAAGCCCCAGGAUGCCACUGCCACCACCACAGCUCAGCCUGGGGUAAUAGUAGUCCCCCUCCUCCAGGUUAAUCCAGACAGACAGCAAGACGGCAGCUCCAGCACUCCACCACCGCCUCUGGUUCCUUUCGGGCAAGGCUCCGUAUUCCCUGAGACUGUUUCUCCUGGCUCACCCUUGACUUUUCCGACACUAGAUGAUUUCAUUCCCCCACAUCUCCAGAGGGGCUCCCACCAUAACCAAGCACCCUCUGCAUCUGGCACAUUACCCUCUGUUUACCCAAAACUGCCAUUCUUCUCAUCACCACCUUCACUUGUCCCUCCAGUCACAGGGGCUUUGCACAGGGGCUUGAAGCCUGAAAUCACUGGAGUCAUCUCACGUACAGACCCAAGUUCUGUGUUAAAUGAAGUGACUCAGUCUGGCACUGGCACUGACUAUCCAACCUUCACUUCAAUCAACAAGUCUUCCUCUGCCUAUCCCUCUACCACAAUCGUCAAUCCCACUAUUGUCCUCUUACAGCACAAUCGAGAACAGCAAAAAAGGCUUAGUAGCCUAGCAGAUUCAGUGCCAGACAGACUGGUUUCUGAUAAAGUUGAUUCAGUGCUCAUUCGGGACAAGCUGGUUCAAGAGACAGUGCCAAGUGAGAAGAGGGCCAUGGAGGAGAAGAGAAGCAUUGUCAAGAGCCCUCAGCGCAUGGCUGAUACUUCCGUUGAUGAUAUUGGCAUUCCACUGAGGAAUACAGACAGAUCAAAGGACUGGUACAAGACAAUGUUCAAACAGAUCCACAAGCUAAAUAGAGACAUUCCUGAAGAAAACCCUUAUUGCCCUACCUACAUAUUUCCUGAACUUCCUGAAAUCCAGCAAAAAAAUGAAGAAGACAAUCCUUAUUCUCCUACAUACCAGUUUCCUGCGUCUACUCCUAGUCCUAUCUCUGAAGAUGAAGAUUCUGAUUCAUACUCUCCUCGUUAUUCCUAUUCUGAAGACAGCAGAACCCAGCUUUCAGUUCCCCGUUCCAAGAGUGAGACAGACAAUAUUGAUUCAGAGAAGGUUGUUAAGAGGUCUGCCACUCUGCCACUGCCAAACCGUACUUCGUCACUGAAAACAAGCCCGGAAAGGACUGACUGGGAGCCUCCAGACAAGAAGGUGGACACCAGAAAAUACCGUGCAGAGCCCAGGAGCAUUUAUGACUAUCAGCCAGGAAAAUCCUCAGUUCUGAACAAUGAAAAGAUGACUCGGGAUAUAAGCCCAGAAGAGAUAGAUUUAAAGAAUGAACCUUGGUAUAAAUUCUUUUCGGAAUUGGAGUUUGGGAAACCGCCAUUUGUUCACAUGCCUCCAAAAAAGAUUUGGGAUUAUACUCCUGGAGAUUGCUCUAUCCUUACUAGAGAGGAUAGAAAGACUGAUCUAGAAAAAGACCUCUACCUCUACCAGACUGAGUUAGAGGCAGAUUUAGAAAAAAUGGAGAAGCUUUAUAAAGCGCCACAUAAAAAGCCACAUAAGAAUACAGCAGGUGUUACUCCUCUGGAAACUUCCACAGACCAUUCUUCCUACUCCACAUAUUCACCCAACUACCAUACAGUGAAGAGGGAGUCAGAACCAGCACUGGUGGACUCUGCUGCCUUAGAGAAUGAAAGGCAGAUUUACAAGAGCGUGCUGGAAGGUGGAGAUAUCCCAUUCCAGGGUUUGAGUGGUCUCAAGCGACCUUCUAGCUCUGCUUCCACAAAAGUGGAUCGUAAAGGUGGGAAUGCUCAUAUGACUGCACCCUCUUCAGUUAAUAGCCGAACCUUUAACGCUAGUCAUACCGGUAUGUUAGGUCACGCAUGUAAACAUAAGAAGCCCUUAUCAGCUGCAAAAGCCUGCAUUACUGAAAUCCUCCCUUCUAAAUUCAAACCCAAACUAGCAGCUCCACCUGCUCUUGUGCAGGACAAGAAGGGUAUCUUGCUGUCUCAUGAGAAAGCUCAAAGCUGCGAAAACCUUCGUAGCUCCAUUGCCUUGUUCGAUAAUAAAAAAGCUUUCAUGGUAGACAUAGGGGAAAGCAUAGAAAACAUGUUGAUGAAGUCGAAGCAGGAGUAUGCCAUCAAAUCCGGCAGUACCAUGAGCCUGCAGGAGUAUGGCACCAACUCUAGGAAAGGCUACCUGUUCCCUGCCUCCAGGAAGAGUGGGAUGGAGUUUUCAAUGCUCUAUAAAGACAUGCACCAGAUCAACCGCUCCAGGAUCCAUUUGGGCACAGUCUCCUCCUGCAGUGUGAGGGAUAUUGCAUCUCAGUUUGAGAAUGAAGCAAAGGACAGGCUGGAGCACAGCCUUAGUCGAGAGGAUUCAGAGCAAAUCCCCAAACACACCGUUUCCUCCCGUAUCAGUGCCUUUGAGCAGCUGAUCCAGAGAUCCCGAUCAAUGCCCUCCCUUGACUUUUCCACUGGGCAAAACAAAUUCACCACUUCUCUCCAGUCUAAAACUUGUCUGAGUUCUGCCUACUCUGCAGAGUUUCUUCUGGAUUUGCCAAAAGCACAGCAAGAAGAGAAGGAUGCUGCCAGCUUGGCAGAUAAAUCCUCCCGCUCCUGCAGCAACGUGGAGGACACUGCUUCAGAUGUCAGUGAUGCUAUUCCUAUGGACACACUUUCAGCUUGCAUGGAUGAGGUAGAUCUCCUGUCAAAUGCAUCCAAUGACAGUGGCGGCAGCAGCAGCAAUCUCAAUGGGCCUCAGAAGCAUAAAAUCAACAGAUGCAAAGGCGCAUGCCCAGCUUCCUACACCAGGUUCACUACCAUCCGAAGGCAUGAGCAGCAGCAGGCCUCCAGGAACCCUGAAUCCAAAGGGGAUGUCUAUGGGGACAGACACAUGCUCCCCAGAAACGUCUACCUAAUGAGCCCACUCCCCUUCCGAUUGAAAAAGCCCUUCCAACACAAAUCCUGCAGGACUUCUCCCCCAGACUGCCUGGGAAGCCUGGCAGUGCCCAGUCCUGAGAACCCAGAUGACCCCAUACAGCUGCAGGGGAGUGUAGGAGACAAGAGUCACCACUCCCAGCACCAACUGUGCUCCAGAAGCAGGCCUCUAGCCCCCAGGCGCCUGUCUUCCUUUGACAUUGUGGAGAGGCUUAGCUACUUCCCCACCAUGGGAUCUGGCCAAGAUAGCUUCAUGGGCCGGGCUGACACUCCUGACUCCUUAAGCAAUGGGAACCCUGUUCCAUAUGCCCUCUGUCACAGCCUGGACACAAACAACAAUCCGCAAAGUGAACUUGGGACGUGCCUAGGAGAUUCAGAAUCACCAAGGCAUUUUGCACCAGUUGAUUACAUGGAAACUCCAGAAGAAAUUAUUCGCAGACGGCACGAUGAUAAAGAGAAACUUUUAGAGGACCAGAGACGGCUUAAACGUGAGCAAGAAGAAGCUGAUAUUGCAGCUAGAAGGCACACAGGGGUUAUUCCAACGCACCAUCAGUUUAUCACUAAUGAGCGAUUUGGGGACCUCCUAAAUGUAGACGAUACAGCAAAGAGGAAAUCUGGGUCAGAGAUGAGACCUGCUAGAGCCAAAUUUGACUUUAAAGCACAGACGCUAAAGGAACUUCCUCUGCAAAAAGGAGAUAUUGUUUACAUUUACAAGCAGAUUGACCAGAACUGGUAUGAAGGUGAACACCAUGGCAGAGUUGGCAUCUUCCCACGAUCAUACAUAGAGCUCCUCCCACCAGCUGAGAAAGCUCAGCCCAAAAAGCCAUCACCGUUGCAAGUAUUGGAAUAUGGAGAUGCUAUUGCUAAAUUCAACUUCAAUGGGGAUACCCAAGUGGAAAUGUCCUUCAGAAAGGGUGAAAGGAUUACGUUGAUUCGACGAGUGGAUGAGAAUUGGUAUGAAGGAAGAAUCUCUGGCACCAGUCGCCAAGGCAUCUUCCCUGUCACUUACGUGGAGGUGCUCAAACGGCCAGUGGUCAAGAAUGCCAUUGACUAUCCUGACCCACCAACGUCCCUCUCCCCUAACCGCAGCAUGACAGCUUCACCACAGACUGCAGACUCAAAAGCAUUCUCUUCAUCUGCUCCUCUUUCUUCCUCUGCCCUCUCUUCCUCUACUGUCACAACACAGCCACCUCCCAGACUUACACGCAGAGUCAAUAAGCCACAGCCUUCCCACCAUUCAUUGAGAGCUGGACCAGAUCUCACAGAGUCUGAAAAGAGCUAUGUGCAACCUCAAGCACAGCAGCAAGGAGCCAGCCCUGACAGAAGUCAAACACCACGAGACAUAGUUAGUUACCAAGCCCUCUACAGCUACACUCCUCAGAACGAUGAUGAGCUGGAACUGAGGGACGGUGACAUUGUCGAUGUCAUGGAAAAGUGUGAUGAUGGCUGGUUUGUGGGUACAUCCAGGAGAACAAGGCAAUUCGGAACCUUCCCAGGCAAUUACGUGAAGCUUCUGUACCUGUAAAAUAACAGCGAUCCCAUCAUGACCGUGAUGGGGUUGUUUUCCAGAUGGUGUUUUUAAACAGUGAAGAAACAGACAAUUUAUGAAUGUAAUAGACAAGAGAUGAGACAUGUUAGGAGGAUGUGGUUAUGUGGUACAGUACUGAGUUGAAUGUGUAACCCUGCUUCUACUGAUUCAGGGUGUGAUUUGUUUGCUGAAGAAGAGACAGUUUCUAGUUUACAGUGCUGCCUUUGUGUAUUCCUCUCCCCUCCCCAGCAAGAGUUCUGGUGAUAAUCUUAAUUUGUAUGGAGUACUUACCUCUGAGAAGGCUUCAGGGAAGCACACGGUAUAGGUUUUGUUUGUGUGUUGAGAUAGUGUAGUGCUUUGGGGCAGUAUGCAGCCUUGCUGCUGCUGCCUUUCACUGGCAAGGUUCGGGGAGGCCAGGCUUUCUUCCCGGUUUCUGCCUCCUUGAAGACUCACUUUGCUCUGCCUUCCACUUCCAUAGAAAACCCUUCCUUCAUGUCACGCACCUUAAGACCCAGCAGAGGCAGAGGACAGCUGAUAUGGUUAAACUGCAGACCUCUGUGUAGAAAAGGAGUUUGGGACUGGUGGUUUAAUCCAGAGUUCAGUCAAAGCAUAAUGCUAUCGUGCAAAAAUCCCAAACCUUUUAAUAACGUAUUGCCUAUCUCUGCAGGGUUUUUCUUCUUUUGUGCAGGGGGUGUGUGUGUGUGAGUGUACUGAGUGCAUCAAAACAAACCGAGUCCUAUUUUUUAAAGAGAAAUCAGCCUGGCUUUGACAUUUAUCUGCACAAAGGACAGAACCAAUAAACAGAACAUCUGUGAGAGCAAAUGCUGUUUGAGUCCUAUGGCCGUUCACUUUCUCUGCUUCAUCUGCUCUGUUGCUGGCCGUAAAGGAUCACACACCUUUCAAAUCAUACUCUUUGGGAUGAAGACUUUGCUUCUUUCCCAGCAUUAAAUCUUAGAAGCUCUGAUAAAUCUGAGCAACAUGUUGAUGAGGGUGCCUUUUUUUUUUUUUUUUUUGUCUUUUUGGUUACAGUGUCAAUGGUAGGUUUCAAAUAAAUACAUGCAUUUUGGCUGCCUCUUAGUCAUAUAAAAAAGUCUAAUCAAUUUGGAAAGCUGUUUCCAGCAGUUAUUACCAGUUAUAGAUUCCUAUUCCCUUGAGGAAAAAAAACAAAAAACAAAAAACAAAAAACCACAAACAUGUCUUGGCUGUAUGCUUGCCUGUAAAUCCACUAUGAAUACUCUUUUGAUAGACAUUUUGUUAUGAAGAAAAAGCAUAAACAAAACCGGUUCUAUCAGAUUCUGCUUCCUACAGUUACCAUACAAAUAGCAAAGGGUUAGAUUGCUAUUUUGUCAUAAGCCGUAUUUAAUAAUAUAAAAUGCCUAUUUUUAUGCUGAUGCUUUUAUACAGAUUUAUUAAGAGUAACUGCAACUAACUGUUAGCACGACUUGCAAUGUUUUGAUAAACUAGCCAUGCUCCUGGGUUUGAAAUCAAGUAGGCUUGUCUUCCGUCUAGGUGAGCGGAAGAGAAGACUCAGUGUCUCAGAAGUUUGACUGUAAAUAUGUAUAUUUAACUUUGUACAGACAAUGUACUUACCUUGUAUAGAAAAAUAAUUUAAACACAUUGAGUGAAGGGAGGAAAAAAAAAAGGCAGUUGUGAAAGGUUAGGAUUUCUUCCACUUUUAUUUAAAUGAUGGAAUUCCAUGUAUGUUCACAUAAAGAGUUUUAGCACAAAAUAUACAUUAUGAAAGGGUUUCAGAUAUGACACAAAACACCACUGUUUCUUUUCUGCAGGAGAUACCUUUAAUCCUGUAUCUUAUUUAUGAGUUGUUUUAUUGCUUUGGGUUUGCCCUCCAGUUAUUUGCAGCAAUAUUUAGGCCUGUUGCUAGCAUUGGAUAACACCAAAUUAAUCUAUCCAGCAAAGUAACAUGAUGAUACUGACUGUAUAUAACAUACUCAUUUAAAGGUUUAUUUUUUGUUCUUGCUCUUGCCAUUUUAAGUUACACACACACACACACACACACACAAACCGCAACUUAUUUUUGUGUUGAUUUUCUGUUUCUUAUUGCAGUGGAUUACUAUUUGACAAUUAAUAAAUGGAAUUACUGAAUUACUGUUGUGUUCUUGUACAAAUUAUUAAAUAAAGUCUAUUCUCGCUG